AUGCCGCCGUCGAUCUGUCGACCGCUGGUGUACACGAGCUGGUUUCCGCUGGCGCCGGCGUGCGCGGCGAUGGCGCGCGCGCCGCGGGACGCGCGCGCGCGGGGACUGGCGGCGCUGAGCGCGGCGCUGAUCGUGAGCAGUUUCGGACACUGGCGGGCGCCGAAGUGGGACAGCCCGAGGCGGUACUUCGAUCUGUUCGUCGUGUGGGCGUCGGUGGGGUACGGGUGCUGGUUGGCGACGACGAUGGAGUGGGCGUACGCGCGCGGGUGGUGGUGCGGCAUGCCGUUGGUGGGCGCGGCGUUCGUGGCGAACGAGACGGCGUUUCAUCGAGAGUUGCGCGCGUGGAAGACGUGUGGGGGGGCGACGAGGGCGCAUCGGUGGUUUAUUUAUCGUCGGACGACGUGGACGCAUCUCGUCGGCGUGCACGCGGGGAGCUCGACGGCGGCGACGUGGCUCGCGUUGGGCGUCGCCGGCAGUCGCGGUUAG